UUUAGCCCAUUUUAUCUAUGUAUCGGAGUAAUCGCGUAACGCGUACAUCACGUUCAAUUAUACCUUAACUUCAUAACGGCAUAAGUUAACCUGAUUAUGUUUGUUAUUAUUUUAGAUAUUUGUAUGUGAAGUACUUAUUAAUUUAGUGGGAUGUAUGACAAUAUAUAAACCUGAUUUUGUUUUAGUUUUGUUUCAAAUUUUGUGGUUUAUUGUUUUGAUAACUUUAAUUAAUUUUGUGAAUGUUUGUCUGAACAGUAAAGCUUCACUUCGCCUUUCAAGAAAUGCAUUAUGUCAAAUAGAUAGGAAGAUAGUAUCAUACGCCAGUGAGCUUCGUUAAUUAAUUUUAAAGGAAUUUUGUUAAAAGUUAGCUUUAUCAGCAAUUUCCAUUUGAUUUAGAUCUUCUAAUACAAAUGAUGCCUCGAAAGAAAAGCGUUUCGAUGAACCGCCACCAGGAAAGUGGAUCCGUUUUGAUAUCAACUUUGUUGAAAAACUUGAAAAUCAAUUUGUUGUCUAGGAGUGUUAAUAAGCAGGUCUAUGCAAUCAGGAAAAUCUUAGAAGUCAUGGACCAAGACAAUGGAAUAAUUGAUGAUUUUCUAGACUUUGAUAUACCUGGCCUACUUUGUGACGUGAUGAACAACCAUAACCCUCCACUGAUAGGGAAAGUGUUUAUCUGUCUGCUGAAGCUAUGCCAAAGUAAAAAAUUCGAGGAACAAAAGCACUCAGCUAUCGUGAUGGAAACUUCUUGCCGAACACUUAUAAUCCUGUCCAAGGAUGCAACCAAUAUGAAGACAAUGUAUUUAGGACUUCAGCUCAUAAAUAAAGUUUUAUCAAGUGCUGACAAAGAAACAGCUGUGAACCUGCCUCUACUCUUAAGAUUGGUGAAAACUCUGCUGUUCAGCCCCAUGUACCAGCCGGUCCAUAUGAGUGCCAUCUAUCUUCUGCGAAUGUUACUGAAGUUGAAUAAGCAGUUUCUCGCUGAAGACCUUGAACGCAUUCUACGUGUGGUUUACCAGACACUGGGGCUCUUCAGUCAGCUGAACAACAAUAACAAGGGAAAGUUGAAUAAGAACAUUUCAUUGGUGACCGAGAUCUUGACAAGUUCUAUGAGGCUCUGCGAUUUGUUCAAAACUCAUAAUCUGUCACACGAUAUCUCUCAGCUUGUAUGGGAAUUACUUCAGUCAUAUUUGGUUCCUUGUUUUCAGGAGAUGCAAGUGAGGAGGUGCCAUGCAGGCUUCAUGAAGAAACAGUUCAACUGCUUUGUUGCUACCUUCAAAUACAUGGACUCCCAGAGGCUCAAUCAGUUGGCCAGCCUGUGGGCCUCCAAAGGCUUUCUUACUCAGCUGCCUGCUAUAAACCUCCACUUCAAAAACAAAACCAUACAUGAGUGUGUUCUGAAACUCCUCUCUGAUAUCCUGGAGCGGCUUGCAGACCAACACCUGCAGACAAGUGAGGAUGAGCAGCAACAGAUGGUGGCGGGCCUUCUCUGUCUGCCUGUAGAUCCGGCGGACUGGCCACAACUCCUGGGAUAUUCAAACGCACACAAGACUCACUUGGCUGUAAUAAUCUACCUCUACUUUGUCAUCCUCUGCACUAGCAGUUUUGCCAAGUUCCCAACACACUUGCCAGCCCUUUGUAAUUUCCUGACAUCCCAGACCUCCACUCCUUCCUCCGCUCUGCUCAAAGCACUUUGGCUUGUGUUUGCCGUGUGGUCACUGUCCCAGGCCCGGGGUGGCAGAUGGAAGCAGCAAGAGGCUGCAGGCAGGUUGCUGGUGCACUGGGUCAAAUCUACCCCUCUCACUUCUGUCUACACCCACCACCCAGCCAUACUUCUGUGGACCUUCAGCCCCCUUGUCACCAACAGGGUGCUGCAGAUCAAUGUGAUGAUAUUGUGGUUGAAAGAUGGAGGGGAAAGAUCCUUAAAAGAAAUUGAGAACCUAAUUUUGAGGAAUAUAGAUGCUUCUAUUUGCCUACUGGAGGUGUUGUGUUGCUGUCCUAAAGAUGUGAUCCACAGAGCGGUGACUCUCCUGAGGACCGUUCUGGACAGAGACAAGAGCGAAGGUCGGCUGGAGAUGAGGCCUCAUGUCUGGAGUCGGCUGCCACAAACUCUCUCGGAGCUCACCACUUCACACUUCCAAGAUAGAGUGUGGAACACAGGGUGUCUGGUCUAUAUAGCGUGCAAGGCCAUACCCGUCAUCCCCGACCUCGUGUUAAUGUUGCAGAUCAGCCACCAGGUGAAGAAGAUAUUCAGCAAGUCUAUUGUUGAUACUACUGCGAGUCACAUCCUGCAUGCUGAGUUAUUCAAACUGGUGCAUAUCAUCAUUGUCACUACAACCAAAGUGAAGGACUACAGAGUUAUGAAAAUGUAUCUCCAGGACUCGGCUCUACUCCAGGCUCUGCUGAUAAGUCUCAGUUCUGACAACAAGUUUGUAACUAUACCGGCUCUGCGACUGUUGUCACAACUGCAGUACUUGCAGAAACAGUACAAUGUCCAGAUGACGAGUUCGAUCUAUCUCACGGGAGAAGUGCUUCUACAGCUGAUGUCCUCCCCUAGCGGCGAUGUAAUGUUCUACAGCCUCGACUUGUUCUCCCGCCUGUGCAUGAGCAGUGAAAUCAAACCUGUGGUGACUCUCAACAAAGACAUGGCUAACAAUAUAGUCCUAGCUCUCAGCUUGGACUUCCAGGGAGCCACUGUUAGGAAGCCAUUUUCCUCAGUAGGUUGGAAGUGCCAGAAUCAGCUGUUAGAGUUCUGUAGGGUUCACAACCCCCUGGUAGAGCUACAUUUGUUGACGCAACAGUUUACAUACAUGGUCAUCAACCAUUCUCUCCAGAAUAAUGGUAUAACCAGUGAAGAAGUGCUGGAGUACCUGAGUGUAUGGUUGGCAGGCCUGCAGCGCCGCCAGGUGGUGGCUCCCAUCAGUCACAGGGCCUUACGGCAGGACAGGCUGUCAACUACGCUCACCAACAUUGCUGCCAAGCUGGCACAACGCAGUGCCACCAACAUCAGCUCCAACGUCAUCCGACUUCAAGAUGACAUUGUGGUCAAGAUACUUACGAUUGGAGGCAACAUACCAGACUAUGUGAUCAGAUCACUUCGAAAGAAAUAUGGAAGUUGUUUGUAAUUAAUCUUUAAUAUAUAUGGGUAGUAUUUGUAAAUAU